AUGUGCUCGAAAACAAAGGUACAGCUAAUUUUAAACGAAGACAUUAAGCCAGUUCAUAUACUUGAUUCAUCUGACUGGGCUGCUCCCAUCGUGGUUGCUAGAAAAGCUAAUGGGAGGAUUCGUCUCUGUGCGGAUUAUUCUACUGGUCUAAACGACGCUUUAAAAGAUAUUAUUUAUCCUAUUCCUAAAGUGGAGGAUGUUGUGGCCAAAUUUCCUGGUAACACUAUAUUUUCUCAGCUGCAUCUGUCUGAUGCCCAUCUUCAGCUGCGUCUUGAUGAAUCUAGUCAGAAGAUGACAACAAUCAGCACCCACAAAGGCCUUUUCCAGUACAAUCGUCUUGUUUUUGGUCUCAAGCCAGCUCCUGCUAUCUUCCAGAAGACAGUGGAUCAAGCCCCUUCCGGUAUUGAAGGCACCUUGGUCUAUCUUGAUGAUAUACUUAUUAUGGGACCAGACAAAUUAACUUACGAUCAACGUCUUCAUGCUGUAUUGCAACGACUUUAAGA